AUGGCUGGGCGCGCAUCUGGGGGCCCCUCAGGGGCCCCCAAGCGCGGGCGUAGCAAGGGGGCCCCCAAAGAGGGUUUGGGGGGCCCCCCGAGCCCCCGAAGCAGCAGCAGCGACGCAUGCAGCAGCAGCAGCAGCAGCAGCAGCAGCGGAGAUGAAGCUGAGAGCAGCAAAGGCCGGCUGCAGCUGGAGGAGAGCUUGCUGCGGCGCGCACAGCGGGUGCAGCAGCAGCAGCAGCAGCAGCAGCGGAAGCAGCAGAAGGGCCUGCUGCUGCUGGGAAAGGGGAACGCGAAGCAGCAGCAGCAGCAGCAGCAGCUGCAGCAGCAGCAGCAGCUGCAGGCGAAACUCAUUGGCCUCAGGGUGAAGCUAAACGGGCCGCUGCGCCUUGCGAACCGCCUGCCUGCUGCUGACGAGCUGCUGCUGCUGCAGCAGCUGCAGCGGCAGGAGCAGCAGCAGCAGACGCAAGCAGCAGUUGCCGCAAUCAAAAAAGAAGCAGCACGCACCUUCGUGCUGCUGCAGCAGCUGCAGCUGCUGCUGCUGCAGCAGUCCUCCCUUACUGCAGCCUACGCUGCAGCACCCAGCGACUCUUCAGCAGCAGCAGCAGCAGGAGGCUGGCAGCAGCGCAGAGAGGCCCAUCAGCAGCAGCAGCAGCAGCAGCAGCAGCAGCAGCAAGCAGCAGAAGCAACUGUUUGGGGUUUACUCGCUGACGGCGCAGCACAGAGAGCAGCAUUUUCUGUUUGCCUAGCGAAUGCUGACGCGUGGCAGCAGCAGCUGCUCACUGGAAAGGAGAAGAGCUUUUCGGUUUUGGGCCAGCGGGUGUCUGUACAGCUGCGGAGCGCGCUGGAGCAGGAGGAGCAGCAGCUGCUGCGGCGAUGCGUCCACUUUUGCGGUUUUUCUGCGGGAAAAAACGCGCCGAAUUCGAAUUUUGGCAUUUUAAAUGAAUUUAAUUUCAAAAAUGAACCCAAAAAUCCCCAAAAUCCGCAAAAUUCGACCCAUUUUGACCCUCAGUCGACCCACUCUGCAUGCGCGGCGCUCGCCUGCGGCCGCCUCGGCCCCCACGGCAAUCUCGCCCACGCAGUCUUCGACGAUAUU